UGUUAGUGCGUUUACCAGAAAACUAAAACCCCAAAUCAGUUACACUGCAGAGAGAGAGAGGUUUUUAAUGGCGGACGCAGCAGUAGAAUUCCUCCUUGAAAACCUGAAGCAGCUACUGGUCCACCACGUAUAUCUAAUAAAAGAUGUGAAGAGUGAUCUGGAGAAGUUGGAGAACGAUCUCCGUCUGUUCAAAGCCUUUCUCAAGGACUCCUUGAAGAGGCGGCGCAAGGACGCCGUCCUGCGCGAGCUCGGCCGACAAAUCCAGAGCGUCGUCAACGAAGCCGAAGACGUCAUCGAUUCCUUCGUUACGCACGCCGCCGAUAAUAGAAACAAAAAUUUCAUUUCCAAAUUUUGGUCAGCAAAAAUCGAUAUCGCUGACCAGGUUGACUCCGUCUGCCGGAAGAUCAAAGAUAUCUACGGCGACAAGAGCAAAUUUGAUAUCGCCUUCCUCCCUGUCGACGACGUAGAUCCGCCUGAACGAAUUGAGGCCCCCAUACUUAGGAAACACAAUGUUGUGGGUUUUGAAGAUGAGGCAAAAACUUUAAUGGGAUUUCUUGCUGAAGAAACUGAUCAUCUUGAUGUCAUCUCCAUCAUUGGGAUGCCGGGCCUUGGAAAGACUACACUUGCUGGUAAGAUCUUUCAUGAUCAACAGAUCAAGUACCAGUUCCCAGUGCGCAUAUGGGUUUAUGUCUCUCAAGAUUUCACUAAUAAAGAUAUCUUUCUUUCAAUUUUGAAAGAGUUCACUAAGAUAUCUGAGGAGAUUAGCAGCAAAAGUAACGAGGAGUUAGCAGGUUUGGUGGCUAAUCAUCUGGCAAAUGUGAAAUUCUUACUAGUCAUGGAUGAUGUAUGGGCACCUGCUGAUUGGGAAAAACUCCAAAUUGCUUUACCGACCAGUAAGAAGGGCAAGGUUUUGAUAACCAGCAGGCUAGUGGAAGUGGGUUGGUAUACUAAUCGCUCUAGAGGUCCUCAUAUGUUGCGUUUCUUGAAUCAUAAUGAGAGUUGUGAGCUUCUGCAGUUGGAGGUAUUUGGUAAACGUGAGUUCCCUCAAGAGCUGCACUUUGAAGGAACGGAAAUAGCUAAAAGAUGUUGUGGGUUGCCACUUGCAAUAGUAGUCAUAGGAGGCAUUCUUGUAAAGAAGUUUUCUGCUAACGGUGAUAUGAGUGUCAUUAGACGAGCCUGGGAGAAAGUCACGGAAAGUUUCAAUACAUAUCUAAAUCUUGACAACGAUAAACGAAUGGCUAAGAUCAUAUCAUUGAGCUAUGAAAAGUUACCUUCGCACUUGAGAGAAUGCUUUCUCUAUGUGGGAAUGUUUCCUGAAGACUUUGAGAUCCCGGUGUGGAAACUGAUUCGAAUGUGGAUUGCUGAAGGUCUGAUACAACGAAGGGAUAAUAUCAGUUUGGAGGAAAUUGCAGAAAGCUAUCUGGACGAUCUUAUCAAUAGGAACCUAGUUAGAGCUGAGAAGUUGAAGACUGAUGGUAGAGUUAAAACUUGUCGUGUUCAUGAUCUGCUACGUGAUUUCUGCAGAACUGAAGCUGGAAAUGAAGGGGAUAAUUUCUUUCAAGUAGUCAAGAUCAGUGAUGGAGGUUUUCAACCUCCAGUUUAUGAAGAGUACAAGUGUCGCCGUCUUUGCAUUCAUUCUGAAGUGUCAAGAUUUCUCGUGGAAAAACCUAAAGGUCCGACUGUCCGCUCAUUUGUUUGUUUCUCCAAAGACGAAGUCCCCAUUCAGCCAGAAUACAUUUCAGCCAUUCCUGCUAAUUUUAAGCUGCUAAGAGUUUUAGAGGCCAAGCCGAUCAAAUUCACUAAACUCCCGGGUGAGUUGUACCAAUUGGUUCACUUAAGGUACAUUGUCCUGGCUAUCAAUUCAACCACAGCAGUGCUUCCUUCAGCUUUCUCAAAGCUUUGGAACAUCCAAACUCUUAUAGUCGACACAACAUCUCGUACCCUUGAUGUCAAAGUGGAUAUUAUGAACAUGAUCCAGUUAAGGCAUUUCAAGACUAACGCAUCUGCUACUUUCAAGAUUGUGAAAAAUAGUAAAGGAGGUGAGCAGAUUCAAACACUCGGAACAAUCUCACCAGAGAGUUGUAGUGAAGAUGUUUUUAGCAAGGCUCGGAAUUUGAAGAAAUUGGGUGUUCGUGGAAAGCUAGCCUGGCUUUUGGAAAACAAGAAAGGGUCCUUUGAUAGUUUAGGGAAAUUAGGUAAUCUUGAAAAGCUGAAGCUGAUUAAUGAUAUCAUCCUCUGUUCAGGAGCAGAGCGCCAACUGCGUGGCCUUCCUCCGGCUUAUAAAUUUCCGACAAAACUGAGGAGCCUAACACUAUGUGAUACUUCUCUCGACUGGGCACAUAUGUCCGUCCUGGCCUCACUUGACAAACUUGAGGUGCUUAAGCUCAAAGACAAAGCGUUCUGGGGUGAAACUUGGGAGGCAACUGAUGGUGGUUUUCGCCAUCUUGAAGUCUUGCAUAUUGGAAGAACAAAUCUGAAAAACUGGAUAGCUUCUCACCAUCACUUCCCUAGACUUAACUGGCUCGAGAUAAAGAACUGUGAGGAUCUCAUAGAAGUUCCAAUUCAGCUAGCCGAUAUACCAAACUUUAAACUUUUAGACUUGCACCGGUCUAAAAAUGCAGCUAAAUCCGCGAAUGCAAUUCUUGGGAUUAAGAGAAGGCGUGAAGAUGAGGUUCCUGCCAAUCCCCGUCCAUUCAAGCUUUCAAUUUUCCCUCCCGAGGCUGAGAAGGAAAGGUGUGAGAACUAGAAGACUCUACUUCAUAUAUUUUUUCAAUGAAGAUAUGGCGAACAAAGGUUCCGAAGAAACCAGAGAAGAAAGAAUUAUCUGAAGAUAAAUUAUACGUUGGAGUUCUGGUUCUGGUAAUCAGUUGUAAUUGUUGAUUUUGUGUGCUGACUUUAAUUAUUUAGACCAUGUUUUAAGUCAUUGGAAUGCUCCUCUAUUCAUGUAUCAUUCGGCCCGACAUCACAUUCGCUGUCUACAAGCUAAGCCAAUUUAGAAGUUCGUUCCUCUA